ACUCAAAGCCCCUUAUAUACCCAUCUCCAGGCAACUUGCACAGCAUCCCAUUUCCGUAUCCUGAGCAUCCCAUGUCUCAAUCCCGACAGAAUAUCUGACACUGACAUCCAUGCCUCCCCGAUCCAACCCUCCAGGUUACACGACACGCCAAUAUAUUCCCCCCAAAGACUGGUACAACGAGAUGUACGACCCCAAUAAUCGAACCGAUCCUGCCAAGGACCGUCCUACUUACGGUAGCAUCAGAUUCCAAAUCCACGAACCAUCAAUCGGACAUGUGCCAUCAGCCCCUGAAACAGAAGCCACGCCCCCGCCACGUGCGCCGCCCGGAAUCAAUAUACCGAGUGCGAAGCAGGGCGGGAAACAAAUGAAUAAAGACGCAGGCACCCCUUGCAUGCUGCCCCACUGGGUCUGCCCAUCGCAUCUUGGAAUAUCUAAGAUCUACGGAGGCAGAGAAUCGUCUACCGCGAUGCUUUCAGUAAGAAGUCGGCCUCCACAAUGAUAGACUCCUCCCCACUGGGCAUUCGCUCGGUAUAGGAUCCUCGGUUCGGUCUUCCAGGUCACAUAUAGUAAGUACCCCAUCCGUUCGUACCACGG